AUGUCUCUGCAGUCCAUGCUUAACCCCGCAACCGCGAAACCGUCGACAAUGGCGGCGCAAGACCGAUCGACAGCAACAGAACAGCCCAAGACUUCUUCUGGGCUUUUCUGCAAAGAACCAGUGUUUGGUGCCCACCGUUUCGGCGCACAACCUUUCGGUGCACCACCACCAACCUUCAAUGCAACAACUUUCGGUGCACCAGCUCUCGGGGCACCAGCUUUCAGGGCACCAGCACUUUUCGGUGCACGAUCAAACCCGGCACCUAUACUUCCUAGACACUUGGGAGGUGACAUUGGCCAAUUGGAUGCUCCUAGUUCACAAGACAGCGCUCCCGGAAAAUGGCAUUUACAGUGUACAGCAGAUGAUACCGCUGUCAACGCAUUGGAAAGCGUAAUCGCUGGCGAAGAGCUUCUACCGGCAAAAUUCGGCGAUUUGCAUUUGGUUAACUUCCUAGACGCUUUGGAAACCCGAAUUCAGCUUCAGAAAGACAACGGGCAAGAAUGUAAAAGAAAAUCCGGAGCCACCAUUGCUUUCGACCAAUACCUCGCUGUUCAAGGCCAUAAGGGCAAGAAAAAUGGUAAAGACGCUUUGUCCUACAAGUUAGAGAUUGGUCGCCGUUGGAAGGAACUUGCCAGCCCAUCGAGUCUCCUAUUGCUUGCUUUCUCUGAUGCCGCCGAGGAUUUUGUCAAGGGGUACCACAAAAACCCUUUCGAAGUGCGUCCUCUACAGAAUUUUGCCAACGAAUUGUACAAGAUUAUUCCGAAAAAUCUCUUGCAUACGUGCAUUCAUGUCUCGGGAAUGGCAGAAAUGGCAGUCAGGAUUGGGAAAGGCUAG